AUGCCGAUGAUUGAUCUCAACGAAGAGGAAGGCGGCGAGGGCUGCGAGCGAGAAGAGGUGAAAGUGGCAAGGAAGAAGGAGCUGAAGAAGAAGGCGAUCUGGGACAGACCCAGAUGCCCAAGUUCACGACCUUCUGGUCCUAGAACACUGGUUGGUUGGCCCAUUUCAAGGCCUUGGAGUUUGGUAACCUUCCCGAUCAACUUCGUGAUGUUGGGCCUUCGGUAUGCUCUAGGCCUCGGUAGAGCACGUGAUCUGCAUGAUAACAAACGCUCGGUAAGACCUAGGGUACCGGAUGGUACCGGCCGAAAGCGCUCCAUUGCUUAA